UUUCUAUUUUGUGUUGGAGAAAAGAUAAAAAACAAAACUCCAUUUCCUUCAACACGGAAGAUUCACCAGGCUGAGAAAAGGUUAAGAAAAAUAACAGGAGAAAAACAUGGAGAAAUUGUUUAUUUCUUUUAUCCUUUUCGCAGCUUUGGGUUUCGCCCAAAUGGCACCAGCUUUCGCUGGUAUAGAUCACAUUGUCGGACGAAGUUUAGGCUGGCGCGUUCCCCCAAAUGUGACUUACUAUCAAGACUGGGCCAAACCAAGAACCUUUGGUCUUGGUGAUAAAUUAGUGUUUCCGUUCAGGACUGGAGUACACAAUUUAAUUGAAAUUAGCAAAGAAGAUUUCGAUGCAUGCACUCAGAAGAAGGUGGUUCGCAUGCUUUACAAAGGCCCAAUAGUUUUGGAGCUUAAUGAACUUGGCGAGCAUUACUACUACUGUGGUGUUGGAACACAUUGUGAAUUAGGCCAGAAGCUAAGCAUCAACGUUGUCAAUGCCACAGGCUCUGCUGGUCCAGAAUUCGAAACAGUUGCCGCUGCCAGCGCACCUACGGAAUCCAAGUCUUCAGCUCAUACAGUUGGGAAAUGUAUUACCGUAGGUGGUUUGUUAUCUUUGUUGGUAUCUGCAUUUUUUAUCAUGUAAUGAGAAUGAGACAGAAUGGAAAACAAAGAGCAAGUUCUCUUUGUUGGAGUUGUCCAUGUAAUCUCUACGAAGGCAAAAAUCUCUCGAGAUGAAGUCUACUGUAAUAUAUAUCUCAUAUAAUAGUCGGUAUUGAGCUAUUGCUUCUGUUUUGUACCUAGGAACAUGCAACUAACAGAUUACCUAUCA